UUAGAUAUUUAUACGCGUUGUUCAGGUCAACACGAACCGCAGAAAUAGGUCGGAUGCGUUAGCUGGCUCAAAUCAUUACUUCGACUUCGAUCAAGAGAAGAACAUCUAAUAAAUUAACACAGUAUAAAAGUGAUAACAGAGUAUUUGAAAAUGAGCGCGCUUUCAGACGAUACGAUUUUGAGCGAAUGUCCAUAUUCACACGAAGUGAUUGAGAAGGAAAAGAAAAUUGCUGAUAUUUCUGAUGAUGGUGUUCACACGCAUUAUAACGCAAAAGGUCAGUUGGUUUAUGUAGCCCCGAUAAAUGGGGAAACGUUUGUGAUUCCGGACGCCCCUAGAAGAUGCACUUGGACGAAAAAUGCCAAACAGGAUGGAGUGUUUUUUCCUCAUACUUACCAAAACUGGAAAAGGAGCGAGAAAAUACAGGAUAAUGUUCUUCAGCUGAUCGGUAAUACGCCAAUGGUGAAACUUAAUUCAAUACCCAAAAAAGCUGGAGUCAAAUGCAAUGUCUAUGCAAAGCUUGAAUACUUCAACCCUGGGGGAUCGAUCAAAGACCGCAUCGCCAACAGGAUUAUACAAGAUGCAGAAAAACAAGGUCUACUAAAGCCUGGAAUGACUAUUAUUGAACCAUCAUCAGGAAAUACUGGGGUUGGAGUUGCUCUUGCAUCGGCUAUUAAAGGAUACAAAUGCAUCAUUGUAAUGUGCGAGAAAAUGUCCAAUGAGAAAGUGGCUGUAAUGCAAGCUUUAGGGGCUCGACUAAUCAAAACACCCAUUACAGCAGAUUCUUACUCUGCAGAAGGUAUUUUUGGCGUAGCCAAUCGGCUGCACAAAGAGAUUCCCGAUUCACUGAUACUGGACCAGUUUUCCAACCCAGGAAAUCCUUUGGCUCAUUAUGACACGACCGCCGAAGAGAUUUGGGAUCAGUGCGACCAUAAAGUGGACGCUUUGGUUUUAGGGGCAGGUACUGGAGGAACUCUGACAGGAAUCAGCCGCAAGUUCAGAGAACUUUCCCCGCAAACCAAAAUUGUAGGAGUGGACCCAGUUGGCUCGGUUUUUGCAGUCCCUGACUCCUUAAACAAAACAGACGUAACUUUUUUCGAAGUGGAAGGUUUAGGGUACGAUUUUGUGCCCACAUCUCUGGAUCAAACCGGUGCAGACCAUUGGGUGAAAAGUAACGAUCAAGAAAGCCUUACAAUGGCCAGACGACUCAUUAGAGAGGAAGGACUGCUUUGUGGAACAAGCAGUGGAGCUGCAGUUUCAGCCGCAAUGAAAAUCGCAGUUCAUUUGAAAGAGGGUCAAAAUUUAGUGGUGAUUAUUCCGGACAGCAUCAGAAAUUACCUGACAAAGUUUGUAUCCGACAACUGGAUGGAGGCGCGAGGUUUCCAAAUCAGUAAGAACGUUAAUAAGCAUUGGUGGUGGGAAAACGCAGUUUCCAAAGUAAAAUUCAGAAAAAUUGACACAUUGCCCAGCAAUGAAACUUGUGACAACGUAUUGGCGAUAAUGAGGAAACUUAAUGUUGAUCAAGUAGCAGUGUUAAAACCGGAUGGGAAUAUAUUGGGCACAGUUACAAAGAGCCAUUUAAUUAACAAUAUAUUGGCGAAAAAUGUGCUUCCCACUCAGAAAAUUGAAAACUGUACUCUACGAAUAUUUCCUAAAAUAAAUUGCAAUACUGGGCGUCUUGGACUAAUAUCCAGAAUUCUAGAAAAAGACAGCUAUGUAAUCAUCACUGAAAGUUGCGGUCAUUCAAAAGGCGAGAAACCAUUGGGCGUCGUAGACAUAAACGAUUUAUAUGAUUAUAUUUGUAAAGCAGAAAAUGCAAUGUCUUGGAAAUGAGUUAAUUUUUGCAUUCAACCUUAUUUAUUAUAAUAUACAUAUAAUAUUAGGGUAGGUAUAGGAAUAUGGUAUAUGUUUAUGAUCUUUUUGUAUUGAAUUUAUUUAAAUAAAUAUAAAACACAUAUUGCUUUA